AGGUAAUAGGGAGGCACUCGAAAUUUGACUCAUUCGUGCUUGAGCAGCCCUAAAACCAAACCAGGUCACCUCACCCCGCACAAGAAAUCCGAGGCACUCGCUGCUGCUGCUGCUGCUGCUGCUGCUGCUGCUGCUGCUGGUGGUGGCCUGCUUUGGGCUGAAAAAACAGCAUUUUGAAGCUUUUACUGUGGACUCUGGCCUCUCUCCAGGGAAAACUUGCAUUUCCUGACAGCAGACUAUGCCAGGCGUGGGCAGCGGCCGCACUCCAGGCCAUGGCGGGCUCCAGCGAGGUUUGGCUGCUCCUCGUCCUGCUCUKCUGCCUGUGCCAAGGUGCCGCAAACAUCGAGUGCCGGGGCCGCGUGUGGAUCGAGCCCGGGCCCGUGGUGCGGAUGGGCUCGGCCGUGUCCAUCGGCUGCGCGUCCACCCGCGGCUGCCCCUCGGAGCGGCUCCUCAUCCUGCUCAACUACAGCCGCGCUGAGGGCUCCCUGCAGCCCCUGAACGGCAGCGCCGUGCGGCUGCAGCUGCCCCAAUUCCGGAUGCCCUUCGGGACCGUCACCUGCUUCUCCCGCUGCGCCAACACCCUCGCGGACCGCCUGGUGUGCGGCGCGGAGCUGCGGGCGGGCUACCCCCCGGACGCCCCCGGUAACCUGAGCUGCGCCAUCGCCGAGGGCUCGGAGCGCCUGCAGUGCGCCUGGAACGSGGGACGGGGCACCCACCUGCCCACCCAGCACAGCCUCCACCUGCGCAGGGUGGURGCAGAGGAUGAGGAGGAGGAAGAGGAAAAGAUCUUCCCUGCGGACUCCCCGGUGCCGCUCAGGGAGCUGCGCAACGAGAGCCGCUACUCGGUGUGGGUGCUGGCCAGAAACGCGCUGGGAACCGCCCGCUCGGCCCCUCGGCUCCUCAGCCUGCGGGAGAUCGUGGUCCCCACUCCCCCCGUGGCCAUCGGCGCCGAAACGACCGAGACGUCCCCUCCCACCACCACCACCCGCUGGAGGAGCCGGACACGGCUGCGGAACGUGCGCUGUGAGGAGAGACACAGAGCCACGGGCACCGCGGAGUGGCAUGUGAGACCCCCGGGACCCCCAAAACCGCCCCACGGGCACAGCCUGACCCCUUCCCGGGGUCCCCUCCGUGUCCCAGCCGUGUCCCACGCUCCUCCCGCAGCCCCCGCCGCCGCUCCCGCCGUGUGGCGCCGCCUGGGCCCGGCCUUCCCCAACGGCAGCCACGAGGUGACGGUCUUGAUCAAGCCGCUGCCCGCCCGGGAUGCCCGCGGGAGGAUCCUGGGUUAUUCCGUGUCCGCCGGGAGCCCCGGGAGCCCCGGGCCGCUCUGCAGCACGGCCGGUACCGAGUGCACGGUGCUGGCCCCGCCGGGAGCCCGAGCCCUGCUCGUCACCGCGCACAAUUCCAGAGGGGMGUCCAGCCCUGCCAGCAUCGCCCUGGGCCACGGGGCACGGCAGGAAGAGUUCCCGGCCCCCGAGGCCGUGGAGGUGAAGGCUGAGAACCGGAGCGGGGUCGCGGUUCGGUGGCAGCGCCCCCGRUCCCGGGGGACACCCCCGCUCUGUUUCAUCCUGGAGUGGGGCUCCUCCUCCCCUCAGCACCAUCAGGAACCGCUUUUUUGGGAGAAAAUCCCAGCGCACCAAACGCGGGCUUUCAUCCCAGAGGCAGCGCCCCUGAGCGUGUCCCUGUACGCGGUGUAUCCCGACGGGAUCAGCGAGCCCCGCUCCGGCCGAGUCCCUGCGGAGGAGCCGCUCCUGGGCAGCGCCUACAGCGAGAUUCCCCCGGACGACGACACCCGAAUUCUCUUGGGRCUGAGCCUCAGCAUGGUCGGCUCUUCGGUUCUUUUUGCAAUUCUGAUGUUCAAAAAAUCAGUCAGGAAAAGGAUUAAGGCCACCAUGGUGUCCCUGUUGCCCAAGUGGAUGUUUGAAGAGUUCCCCCACAUGGAGAACAGCACCGUGGUGAGGUCACUCCAGGAGAAGGACGAUUUCCCCAAUAACAGCCUCCAGGAGCCGUUCCUGGGCGAUCCCGCAGUCGCGGAAAUCGAGGAGGUGCCGGCGCAGGAGCAACACAAGAGCCUGGACAGCAGAGAAAAGCCCAGGGAAGAGGUGCCCGAGCUGCCAGGAACCUCAGUGCCCCCCAGAACCCCGAGCCCAGAGCAGCUCAGCCCCUACAAACCCCAACUCUCCGAYGGGAACGCUCUGGGAUACGUCACCGGUGGGAUUUACCGGUCCCAGCCACCCGCGGCCAUCCCGGAGCCACAGACCGGAAUUUUCUGUGGGGAUUACACCAGCCCCAUCCAGCAGCUGUGGGAGCAGCAGGGAGGGGAGCCCCAGCCGUGUCUGCUGGAUAAAAUCAACCUGGUCCUCAACAGCAGCCAGGCGAUCCCGGURCCGGCGGCGCACGCGGCGUUCCCGUGGGAGCAGCGGCCGCCCAGCGAUGUCCCCGAGCAGAUGUUGGUCCCMGAGGAGCUGCUCUCCUGCCUCAGAUCAGCCAGCAGGGAGACGGGGAUGUAAAAUUCUGCUUCUCUCAAAGCAUGGGAAAGUUGUUCUGG